UCGAUGUAGUAUCGAUACAUCGAUGUUUCUCCUUUCGUAAAAAACAUCGAUGUUUUUUCUCCGAUGUUCGAUGUUUUUGCCAGUUUUUCCAUCACUGAGAAAAAAACGCAGUAAAAGCUAGAGCGUUAUUUUUGGAGUUAUUGGUGUUGGCAGGCAGUGGUUAUAAUGCAUAAAUAUCUUAGAGCUUCAAAUGGGCAAGGUAUGUACAUAUAUAUAUUAACUGAUGCCUUCUUUACAAGUUAACCUCUGUGUUUUGUCUCAUUUGUAUGUAGGUUGUAGUGCGGCAACCAUUGAAGAAAAAGAGCAAGAGGAAGAGCCGCAAGCCAAAAAGGCGCGAUAUGGUCAGUCCAAUGUGUGGAAUUUUUUUAAUAAGUCCUCGGAUGGCAAGACUGCCAAAUGUUUAAAAUGUGGUAAAAUUUAUCAAACCAGCGGAAACACCACCAACAUGGCGGGACAUUUAAAGCGGGUACACCCAACGUUAAGUGUGAGUGAGUUGCCAAAGGCUUCAGGACAUAUGGCGGCUUAUUUGGAUAAAAAAUAUGAAGCCUCAUCGAAACGGAAGAGAGAUUUGGACAGCGCAUUGUUAAAUUUCAUUUGCUCCGAUUUACGUCCAUUUUACAUUGUAGAAAACGAGGGAUUUAAGCAAUUUGUAAAUGCUUUGGAUCCCCGAUACGAAUUGCCUUCACGAUCAACAUUGCUUUCAACAUGUUAUAAUAAUUUAUUCAUGAACAUGAGAAUGAAACUGAAAAGCAUUUUGCAAGAAGUGGAAUAUUGCGCUGUGACAACCGACUGUUGGACAUCUCGAGCCAACGAGGCUUAUUUGACCGUAACUUGCCAUUUUAUAGAUCCAGAAUUUAAACUUCGCACAGCAGUACUUUCGACUAGUAAGUUACAGAAUGAGAAAAAUCAUUCUGCAGAAAACAUUGCGAACUCUCUAUGUGCAGUGCUAAUUGAAUGGGAAGUUAUGGACAAAGUUGCAGCCAUUGUUACCGAUAGCGCAAGAACAAUGAUAAAAGCAUGUGAGAUAUUGCAAAAAAGACAUGUGCCAUGCUUUGCGCAUGUUAUUAAUUUAAUAGUUCAACAAUGCCUGAAUCAAGAGAAAAUAAAAGUAAUUAUGGGGAAAUGCAAAAGUAUUGUGGGAUUUUUUAAGAAAAGCACAGUAGCUUACGCCAAGUUUAAAGAAGCUCAAAAUACAGAGAAGCCAUACAGUUUAAAGCAAGAAUGUCCUACAAGAUGGAAUAGCGCAUUUCAUAUGAUUGAAAGAUUCUUAAAACAAAUGAUGCUAUAAGCAGUGUUCUUCUUUCAACCCCAAAGGGACUUGCCCCGUUUUCGGCUGACGAAAUUUUAAUUUUAAAAGACAUAAAAAUUUUAUUGCAACCUUUUGAAUGUGCAACAUUGCAAACUUCUUCGCGAACGUUGGUCACGGUAUCAUUAAUAAUUCCUAUAACUUGCGGACUUCUGCAUAAUUUGCAAUUGUUAAAAAAUGACCUAAAAACAGUUGAAGGUCGUCCAGACUACUGCAAUAUGAAAUUCGCAAUGUUCCUCGAGUGGCAACUUUGCUAGAUCCUCGGUUUAAAAAAGAAGCGUUUCACUCACCAUUUAACAUCACUGAGGCUCAAAACGCGACGAACCACGCCUGCCAACAUCAACCUCCACAUCGCAGACAUCCCUUUUUCAAUUUUUGGAAAAAAACAAAAGUUUGAAACAUAAAACUAAUACAGUGGAUUCCAUAUUGUCAAUUCGUCAAUAUUUUAAUCUAGACAAUUUGGAAUCAAACUCCAACCCUUUAGAUUAUUGGAAGAUCUCAUCAGAUAAAUCAUUUCAGCAUUGCUGCAAAAAAUAUUUCUGCGUUCCAGCAACUUCGACAGAAAGCGAACGUAUGUUCAGUAAGGCUGGAAUCGUUGUAAGCGAAAAAAGAAGUUUGCUUCAGUUUAAACAUGUUGACAUGCUACUUUUUAUCAAUCGGAACAAGUGGAUCUCUGAACAGCAAUGAUUGUUUUAUAGUUUUAAGUUUGAAAAAGAUUGAAUUAUGCUUUAUAGUAUUAAGUUUGAAAGAUUUAAUUUCUGUUUUAUAGUAUUAAGUUUAAAAGAUUGAAUUUCUGUUUUAUAGUAUUAAGUUGAAUGAUUGAACUUCUGUU